ACUUAACAUUAGUAAAUAUCGUUAUUUAUUGACAAGCAUAUUUUCUUUUCUCCAUUGCAACUUAUUGUUUGCACUAAACUUUACGUGUAUAUAGAAUUGCUUUAUGACCAGUUACUUAUGAUGUUCAUCACUCGUUAGUCACUUUGGAUAAAAGUACGCUGCUGGUUUGAACGCAUGUUUUCCUCGGAGCUAUGAAGACUUUAAUUGUCGGAAAUCGUUCGGACAUCUUCUGAGGAAUAUGCAUUCGGACGCUGCUUUCAUUUGUCUAUGGAUUCUUAUCACAAAUGGUGUGUUUGAUGUUAAAUCAGAUGAGAUUGUGUCAGUAUCAGUGACUGAGGGAGAUUCUGUCACUCUAAACACUGAUGUUAAAGGACUCAGAGAUGAUCAGAUACUGUGGACGUUUGGACCUCAAGACACUCGAUUAGCGGAAAUCUUUAAAAGGGACCAAAUGAACUUAUUUUUUGUCAGUAAUGAGGGGAGAUUCAGAGACAAACUACAGUUAAACAAUCAAACUGGAAAUCUGACCAUCAACAACAUCAGAUCUGAACACACUGGACUUUAUAAACUGACUGCCAUCAUCAGUGGAAAAACCUCAUUGAAGAGCUUCAGUGUUACUGUGUUCGCUCCUCUUCCCCCUCCUGUCAUCACCAGAAACUCUUCAAACUGUUCUUCUUCAUCAUCAUCUAAACGUUCAUCAGUGUCCAGAUGUUUCCUGCUGUGUUCGGCGGUGAACGUGAGUCAUGUGACUCUCUCCUGGUACAAAGGAAACAGUUUAUUGUCCAGCAUCAGUGUGUCUGAUCUCAGCAUCAGUCUCUCUCUACCUCUGGAGGUGGAAUAUCAGGAUAAAAACACCUACAGCUGUGUGAUCAACAACCCCAUCAGAAACCAGACCACACAUCUGGACAUCAGUGAAGUCUGUCAGGCAUGUGCAGAACAUCAAACUUUCAGUUCCAUACCAGUGGUAGUUGGUAUAUUGUUGCCGCUGACCAUAGUUUGUGUAGUUGCAGGGACUGUGUGGUACAUCAGGAACCAUAAACAAACAUCACACACUGUUAAAACAGAAAACGAAGACAUACAUUAUGCUACAGCAAUAUUCAUUGCACGUCCAUUAGAUAAUACGAAACCAGCUGAAGAAAGCACAGUGUACUCAAGCGUUGCAAUACCAAAGGAACAAAACUUGCAGUAUUUGUAAGUUUCUCUCAACUGAAACAGGAGGAUUUGUGGGCCCAGUAUUUGGAAAAAUAUUAUAACUAAUGUAACCAUAAUCAUG